GCCAUGUCGCCCCGCAUCUGCUGAGCUGGAGUGCCCGAGGAUGUCUGCGCUGAGGAAGGUUUUGCCUGGCAUUCUGCAGAAGCAUUGCUGUAUCUUACCAGACAGGAACACAGAGUCGCAGUGUACCCUCUGCGGAGAGCCAGAAGAGGAGGAGGGCGCGGACCUGGCCCAGCCGGGCAUCAGCUUCCCGGGGCCAGCCGAGGACGACCCAGACCAGCAGUAUUCAUGGUCCCCGACUCCGCACUUCAAUGAAGAGAGGUACUCCCCCGCUCCGAGGACUAUGAAGGGCUUAUCCGGGAGUCGGAACCCUCCGCUGUGCUCUGGCCACACGUGUGGCCUGACGCCGCCCGAGGACUGCGAGCUGGGCCACCUGCACCAUGGGCCCGAGGCGCGGCCGCCCUACCUGCUCAGCCCCGCUGACAGCUGCCCGCUGGAGCACCACCGCUGCUCCCCGCGGACCUCCAUCCACUCCGACUGCGUGAUGCUGCCCGUGGUGCUGGGCGACCACGUGUCCAGCAGCACCUUCCCCCGCAUGCACUACAGCUCCCACUAUGACAGCAGGGACGACUGCGCCGUGGCCCACGCGGGCGCCAAGAUCAACCGCAUCCCGGCCAACCUGCUGGACCAGUUCGAGAAGCAGCUGCCGCUGCACCGGGACGGCUUCCACACGCUGCAGUACCAGCGCGCCUCCGCGGCCGCCGAGCAGCGCAGCGAGAGCCCCGGCCGCAUCCGGCACCUGGUGCACUCCGUGCAGAAGCUCUUCACCAAGUCGCACUCCCUGGAGGGCUCGUCCAAGGGCCACGUCAACGGCACCAGGGCCGACGGCAGGGCGGACGAGCACGCGCACGGCCACCACGCCAAGCACGGCCGGCGGAGCAAGAGCCGCGAGCGCAAGGCGGAGGGCCGGCCGCGCGGGGGCCCAGGCAGCUGGUGGGGCUCGGACGACAACCUGGACAGCGACAGCACCUGCCGCGCCUCCAGCGCGCUCGGCCGGCCCCACGCCGAGCCCGCGGCCCGCUGCUACCCCGACGCGCUGCCCGGCCCCUUCGGGGACCUCUCACUGCGGACCUCCAAGAGCAACAACGACGUCAAGUGCUCGGCCUGCGAGGGCCUGGCCCUGACGCCCGACGCCAAGUACAUGAAGCGCAGCUCCUGGUCCACGCUCACCGUGAGCCAGGCCAAGGAGGCCUACCGCAAGAGCUCUCUGCACCUGGACAAGCCGCCCGGGCCCCCGGAGCUGAAGCCACCGCUGCGGCCCUGCCACUACCUGCAGGUGCCCCAGGACGAGUGGGGAGGGCGCCCCCUGGGGGGCAGAGACGACGAGAUCCCCUGCAGGAGGAUGAGGAGCGGGAGCUACAUCAAAGCCAUGGGCGAUGAGGACAGCGGGGACUCGGACUCCAGCCCCAAGACGUCCCCCAAGCUGGCCCUCCGGCCGGAGCCCCUGCUCACAUCCAUCGGACAGAGGCCGCUGGGAGACCUCCAAACCCAGAGCUACCUGCAAGCUGCCAGCGACGGGCCUGCCAGCCACGGGCUGGACCCCUCUGCCAACUACAACUCCCCGAAGUUCCGCUCCCGGAACCAGAGCUACAUGCGCGCCGUCAGCACCCUCAGCCAGGCCAGCUGCGUGAGCCAGAUGAGCGAGGCUGAGGUCAACGGGCAGUUCGAGUCGGUGUGCGAGUCGGUCUUCAGCGAAGUGGAGUCUCAGGCCAUGGACGCGCUGGACCUCCCGGGAUGCUUCCGGACACGGAGCCACAGCUACCUGCGCGCCAUUCAAGCGGGCUACUCCCAGGACGAUGAGUGCCUGCCCCUGACCAUCCCCGCUGACACUGCCUCCACCAUCAGGCCCACAGCCAGCGUCUCCUACGCCAGCUACAAGAAGACGCCGCCGCCCGUGCCCCCCCGCACCACCUCCAAGCCCUUGAUCUCAGUGACAGCGCAGAGCAGCACGGAGUCCACGCAGGACGCCUACCAAGACAGCCGAGCCCAGAGGGUGGCCGCCUGGCCCCCGGACGGCCGCGGCCUCUACAACUCCACGGACAGUCUGGACAGCACCAAGGCCAUGAGCUUGGCCCUGGAGACGGCCGCGGCCCAGCGCCACGCUUCCGAGGGCCAGGGAGGCGCCACACGGACCGGCGACAAGGCCAUCCUGGCGUCCAAGGCCGAGGAGUUCCUCAAGAGCCAGCGCUCCUCCAUUGGGGUCCAGGAUUCUGAAUUCCCAGAGCAUCAGCCAUACCCAAGGUCAGAUGUGGAGACGGCUACAGACUCCGACACGGAGAGCCGGGGGCUGCGGGAGUACCACUCGGUGGGCGUCCAGGUGGAAGAUGAGAAAAGACACGGACGCUUCAAGCGCUCCAACAGCGUGACGGCUGGGGUGCAGGCGGACCUGGAGCUGGAGGGCUUCCCAGGACACGUCGCCACGGAGGACAAGGGCCUGCAGUUCGGGUCCUCCUUCCAGAGGCACUCGGAGCCCAGCACCCCCACGCAGUAUGGGGCGGUGCGCACCGUCCGGACCCAGGGGCUCUUCAGUUACCGGGAGGACUACCGGACCCCUGUGGACACUGCCAGCCUGCCCCCUCCCGACCCCUGGCUGGAGCCGGCCCUGGACGCGGUGGACGGCGGGCGCGCGUCCCCGUGCCACAGGGACGGUGCGUGGUUUCUGAAGCUGUUGCACACAGAGACGAAGCGGAUGGAGGGCUGGUGCAAGGAGAUGGAGAGGGAAGCCGAGGAGAACGACCUCGUGGAGGAAGUCCUCGGCAAGAUCCGGAGCGCCGUGGGGAGCGCCCAGCUGCUGAUGUCCCAGAAGUUCCAGCAGUUUUACUGGCUCUGCCAGCAGAACAUGGACCCCAGCGCCAUGCCCAGGCCCACCUCCCAGGAUCUGGCCGGCUACUGGGACAUGCUGCAGCUGUCCGUCCAGGACGUCAGCAUGAAGUUCGACGAGUUGCACCAGCUGAAGCUGAGCGACUGGAAGGUGGCUGAGUCCCCGGAGAGGCAGGAAGAAAGAAAGGUCCCCCCUCCAAUACCAAAGAAGCCCCCCAGAGGGAAACUCCCCAUCACCAGAGAGAAAUCUCUGGACCUGCCGGACAGACAGCGGCAGGAGGCGCGGAGGCGGCUGGCGGCGGCCAAGAGGGCGGCGUCCUUCCGUCAGAGCUCGGCCAGCGAGCGGGCCGACAGCAUCGAGAUCUACAUCCCCGAGGCCCAGACGCGGCUCUAGGGCGGACCCUUAGCCGUGCCGAGCGCCAUCCCCUCGUCACUACCGUCUCAUUCCUCCAGUGAGUCCGCCCCGCCGUCAUGUUUGUGCCAUAAACACCCUGGAGCGCCCGGACGUCCGAGCUCGCGGCCACAGCGACUUCUCCCAGACAGCCCGGGUGCCCACCCCCCGGGCCAGAGCGGCGUGGGGACCCCUGACGCACCCCUCUGCUCCCAGAGGGGGUCGAGGAAACCGCUCGAGAUGGAACCCAGUUCACACUUUCUUAUUUAUAUUUUUAUAAAUCGUGUGAUAUUAGAGGCGAGAAUAACAAACAACUGUGAAAGGGUGUGUCUCAGCACUCUCAAGGCAUUAGAUACCCCAAGAGAAGGUGCUACAGCUUGAGUGCAGGAAAGGAAGACCCCCACCCCGCGGCCUGGGGUCCCUGUGCCCUGAACCCAGUGACCCCUCACAUGGUUCCUGUGCCAAGUCCAUGGUGAUGAGGAAUCAUCUCUGCAGCCACCAAGCUCCCCGCCUCGCGCUUCUCUCGAAACCUGGAGUGGAAGUCCACCUCUGCGCCCCCAAACUCAGCACAGCAUCUCCAUGGCCAGAAGUCAGCUGGAAUAUCUGUGCACACAGGGAGAGACAUACGAAACAGAGUCUUAAGAAAGGCUGACUCUUCUGUAGCAGGGGUAGAAAGAGAACACGGUUGUCCUUAAUCAGAUAAAAGAGUCGUUUAUUUUUUAUCCCUUUGUAACUUAAACUAUCACCCACGGUUCUGUCUUUAAGUUUCACCCUUUAUGCUCCAUGUGAUUUUUUUUUAUAGAUGUAUAUAUAUUCUCAAAUGCUCUAUCAGUUGACUUUCCAGGGUAUCCUUAAAAAACAAAACAAAACAAAAAAAGUUUGCUUGUUUAAAAUGACAGUUGUAAUGCUGUAAAAAGUUUAAGAAAUAUGAAUGUGUGUGGUAAGUAUAUCUCAGUUUAAAUGGUAAAGAAGAAAUGUGGUUUACAUUGUAUUUUUCCAGAAUUCUUUUGUCCUAUGCAGUACAGGUGAAGUCCAGACAUAUUUCUUGCCUGUUUUCGACAUGACAAAAAAAAAAAAAAAAAGGUUACAUUGUGAUUUCCAGCUGUGGACUUUCAGAAAAGUAAUUUGUUUUCAUGAUUCUGAUUGGCACAGAGAAAAAUAGGAAGGUCUCUAAUGGAAGGUUUUCCAUUCAUCUCGUUAAAUUUAGAUGCCGGGACCAUUGUUCCACCUGGAUGGUUGUGUGUCUGUUGAGACACCACCUCAAAGGAAGCGCCCAUGGACUUACCCACUUGACCCCAGACUAGAGUCCUCGCUGUGCCUCCAGGUAAAAGCAGGGGCCACAGCGUUUCCGCGGGACGCCGUGUGCCCCAGGAGUGUGGGCCCCCAGCCUGGCAGCACAGACCCCCCUCCAUAGCACUUUGUUUUCCUGUUUGACUCGCACUUUAAGACACACCGCCCUCCACACCUUGUGCGUGAGAGCUCGGUGACGUCCUUGCACAGGCAGGCGCCUGCCGCCUGCAGCGUUUCUUUUCCUCACAGUCCACAUUCCAUGAAGCAUGGGGUUCGUAGGAGCGCAGGUGAUAGCAAAGCAUGUUUAGCUUCACAGUUUUACUUUUUUAAAGCUGAGUAGUUAAGAAGUCCCUGUAAGAACAAAACCCUGUAAAUGGAACCUCAUAUCUGGUAUAUAUUUUACCAAACAGCCUUAAAAUAUAUUUGGAAGCAAAAAUCAGUACGAAUGUAUAUCCUUGAAAAAUGCAAAAAAAAAAAAAAAAUCCCUGAAAUAUUCUUCUAUAAAUGAGCCCUAUCUCCCCAGAGUAUUCUAAGCAUUUUUUUCUACCUAAAUAAAUACCUAAAUCCUGA